AUGACAGCGAAGAAAGGAGGAGAUUCGGCUGAUCUUAACUAUGAUAUGAACUACAAUUUGUUCUUGCUGAAGACGUCCUUGCAGAAUUUGAAAACGGCCCAGGACAAGCACAACGUGAAUCGUUGGGUUCACAAGCUGUUGUCCAGCAAUAAGACUGUGGCCGAGAUGAAGCUGCGCAACGACUUCAUGGCCCAGCUGGUGUUCUCCGUGCAGCAGGGCGAGCUCAAUUCGCCGUUUAACCAGUACCCGCCGUCGUCACCUCUCAGCAACCUUACGUACCUGCUGACGGGCUCAGCCCCCAGUUCCACUAAGGACGCAAAAAAGGACGGCGGCGCGUGGGAGUGCGACUUGUCCAGUGAAGACUCAGACAAGCCAAUGCUGUACAGACAGUCGCCGGACGGUGGGGCUUUUCUGGCCGCGCAGCCCGUGCCCAAGUGUGGAGCGUUCUGUUACCUGGCCGUGGUCAGCAAGCCCCCGGCAAAAGAAGAGAACCCCAAGCUGUAG